UUUUAUUUUGCCAUUAUCUCUUAUUAAGUUCUUGGAACCUAUAAACCAAACAUUUUGUCCCAUAAAGAGGAGAUCAAAGUUUCAUCUGAAAAAAGAAACACACAGACUCACAGAGGCUAUGGCAUAUUCAACUAAACUUUGUCUACCUCUUCAAACACAAUGUUUUGUUCCAAAGACAGUAAGAUCAAAGACUUUGAUGCUUCAACAGAGUCACGUUCAAGUUAAAGUCAAGCAAGUCACAGUUCCUCAACCAAUAAGAUACUCCACCAAGAACACUGUAUAUGAAGAUCCAGUACAAGGGAUCAUAUGCUACACGGAUGAUAGCGGAGAGGUUAUAUGUGAAGGGUACGAUGAAGGUCCUCGUUGCCCCCCAGAGAGUCCAAUAGUAACUUCUUACCCAAGAGAGGUGGAGAUUCUUGAUCUUCUGCAAAGAAGUUAUCAGGAACUGAGAGUUGCAGAGAAAGGUGAUGGUCAAAGAGAAGAGAUUGUUUCACAGCAAGAGCUAAGAAUGAUCAAAUGGAGCAGCCUUGAAUUCCUCUAAAUCUGUAUUUUUCAAAAAAAAUCAAAAUCUGUUCUCUCUACAAAAAGGCCUCUUGAAUAAGAAUGUACACAAAAAAAAAGGCUGGGUGAAAGAAGCAGCCAUUUGCUUCUUUCUUGUAUCUCUUUUGUAAGAACACAAACAUGAAUAUAUGUCCGGAUUUUGAUUUCA